AUGGCAGAGGCACUACCCGAAUAUCCUGACUCUGAUUUCUCCGAGGAUGAUCAGUCUCCCUUGGAAAUAUCCUUUAAUAAAGCAUCUGAUCAUGUAAGAAAAAUUACUACUAAACUAAAUAACAAUCAACUAUUAGAAUUAUAUGGUUUAUAUAAGCAGAGUACCGAGGGUAAAUGCAAUAUACCAAGACCAGGAUGGUUAGAUGGUAAGGGCCGCAAAAAAUGGGAUGCAUGGAGAUCCCUUGUUGAUAUGCCUAGUGAUGAAGCAAAGCAAAAAUAUAUUGACUUGGUGCAAAAAUUUGAUCCAGAAUGCGAACUAGUGGAAGAAGCUGGACCUAAGCAACAGUGGGUAGCUGUAUCAUCUUUGCAGCGUUCACCUGAACCAGACCAAUCACAUGAUGAGUUAUCUCUACUUGAUGCAGCUAGAGAGAACAUGGGAGAACUAGUGUCAAAGUUAAUUUCAAAGAAUCCUGCUAUCAAGGCUCAAAGAGAUAAAGAUGGUCUUACUGCUUUGCACUGGGCAGCUGAUAGAAAUGCAACAUCAGCAUUAGAAGCUGCUAUUCAAUCAGGUUGUGACAUAAAUGCAAUGGACAAUUCUGGGCAAACAGCAUUACAUUAUGCAGCAUCAUGUGGGCAUGUAAAUUCCACACAAAUUUUAAUUAAUGCAGGAGCAAAACUAAUUAAAGAUGAGGAUGACUGUUCACCAUUAGACUUAGCAGCUGAUGAGGAAAUCAGGAAUAUUCUAUGUGCUUAGUAGCAUUUACCAAUUUUUAGUUUUAUUUCUAUAUUUGUAGAUAGUGGUUAAUAAAAGCAAAUUGCAUUA